CUUCACAGCCGCGGCCGCAGGCCCUUUCGCGCCCCUUGGGCUUGAGGAUUUCGCGCGCCUCCUCCUUGUUCUGUCCGAAACCCCAAUCUUCCUCGGCCCAUUGAAUUUACGCUAGAUAAACAAAUGCAUUCAUGGAUGAGGAUGAUGGAGCUUCCGGGGUGAGCUGUCAGCGGCUGCUUCUGGAUCAGAUGAUCCAUUGAGGGAAUUCUCCGUCGCAUCUCGUUUCCCUCUCUUUCGAAGGCGGGGAUUCACUCCAUUUGCGUUGAUUUUGAUUCCUCUCUUCAAUCUGAUACAACCUGUAUAUGUACUUCUUUGCUCCAGAUCCCUGGAAUCGGAACACAUAAUCCUGACACGAUUUUAGGGCUUUUGCACGAGGUUUUGGGGGCUUCUUGUUCUUGCCCCAAAGCUUCAAAGCUUUUGGGUCAGUUCCUAUCUCCUCGCAGAACAUCUCAACGGUUUCUUGAUCUUGUUGGGGUGUUCAGCACCCAUGCUUCUGAACGAACUCCUCCAUCUUCUCUUAGCUUUUUUCUUUCUGUCUUCGCAUUAGUAAAUAUUGGUGGAGGGUUGACAUUUGGCUGGUGGAACUGAGACUUGCGAUGGUGGUGAGGAUGAUAGAGGAAGAUCUAGCCGUCCUUACCACCAACACAAGUCUCAACUUGACCAGUCAAAGUCAAUCCUCCACCAAUAUCUACUAGUGCAAAGACAGAGCUAACAACUGGGCAACGAGAGAAGAUGGAGGAGUUUGCUGAGAAGUGUAGGUGGUGAACGCCCAAACUAGACCGAAAAAUUAUUAGAGCAAGUUCUGCAAGAAGAUAUGGAUUGACCCAAAAGCCUUCAAGCUAUGAACUGAGAACCACAAUGGCCUCCUUAAUGCGGAACAUCCAAGAAAUAAGGAAAGAUUGAAGAAGAAAGUAUGGAUGAAGUAAUAGAAGAGAAGGCAACAAUAAAGAGAGAGAGGAGGAAAACUCAAGACACAUAAUAUCGUGGUCUUAUCCCAAAAGACAAAGCUAUCUCCAUCUUUGUUUAACAAAUAAUGGUCCUUUUUAGAGGGAUUGAUGUACUUUAGGAGAAGAGUGUAGGCUAUUAUAAACUUAUUGGUUUUUUUUGCAACUACGAUUAUGAUUGAAAAUGUGCACAAAUCUAAGCUUAACAAUUUUGAGAAAAAAUGUUAUGAGGUUAACAUUUAAGAAAAAUUUAGAUAAAGAUAACAUUGGUUUAAAAUUUAUUAAUAAAAUUAUUUUUAAUUUUUAAAAAUAUAGAAGAACAUUUUUAAAAUUUAAAAAAAUUGAAAAGAUUUUAAUGUUUGAUAACACUGAUGCUCGUUUUAUAUAAUAGAGUAUAAUAGAUAUUUACACCCUAAAAUGUGAGGAGCUUGGCUAGGCUAGCCAACUCAGAUGGGCCUAAUCAAUAUUCUUUUGGGCUCUACUAUAUACAGUAAGACCAAACUUUAUGGGCCUGUCGCCCCAUUGAGUUCUUUAUAUAAACGAAUAGAACUUACGUGGUAAGCCGUCACUGGUUGCCUCGGAACCAUCUAGAGUAUUCUCCAUCCUCAACAUCUCAUUCUCUAGGCCGCAUCGUUCGGCGCCGGCGCCGUCACCGCUACCGGCGGAAUUAAUCUCUAAAACUCUCUCUCUCUCUCUUGAACGCCGUUCUUCACUUCAUUUGCUUCCACUUUGGUUCCUUUCUUCGAUCUGAUACAGCCUGUACAUAUAACCGCCUUGAUCGCUUCCUUGCUCCAGACCGUUGAAAUCGCACCGUAUAACGAUGCCUCGGUACUAUUGUGACUACUGCGACACGUACCUGACCCAUGAUUCUCCCUCUGUUAGGAAGCAGCACAAUGCCGGUUACAAGCACAAGGCAAAUGUUCGGUCCUAUUAUCAACAGUUUGAGGAACUGCAAACGCAAAUUUUGAUUGAUCAGAAGAUCAAGGAGCAUCUUGGACAGAGUGCAGUGUACCAGCAAGUAGGUGCUGCUUACAAUCAGCAUCUUGCUUCUUUACCAGGAAAUAUUCAACGGCCACGCCUACCUGUUCUACCACCACCAGUGUUGCCAAUUCCAGGUGCUGCUCCCUCACUAUUGAUUCCAGGAAUCAGGCCUCCUGUGUUGCCAAGACCAGGCUUUCCAGGUUAUGGGGUAGCUCCACCUAUGGCACCAGUUGCAGGGCAACCACCAGUUGGUUCCUCCAUGCCCAUGCAAAUGAAUGGCCUUCCGGGCCAUCCAAUGUUGAAUCCCCCAGCAACAGUUCCAGGGGGAGUACAAGUCCCAGGCUCUAGCAGUGCUCCCCCUACUGGUCCACAAGCAGUAUACCAGGCCAAUCCUGCUGGAACUACUGCUCCUUCCAAUUCUAUUGCUACAGAUAGAUAUUCAUAUGCACAAGCUUCUGAAGGCAGUCGAUAAUAUUGUAAGCUGAGCAAAGAUAUUCAUCCCAGAAAUGUACAACUUAUCAAGGUCUCUGAUUCUCAUUGGAUGAUGAUGCUGUUCAGCAAUGGAGUGGAGAGGAAUUGUUAUGAAGCAGAUUCUGUUGCUGAGACACUAAUUAAUGCAGGCUCCAGUGUACCAAAACCAGUUAGAUGGGUUGGGAUUUUGGAAGUUGGAUUUUGGUUUUGUGUUAUACUGCCAUAUGGAAUCAGAUGAUGUUGAUUGAACAUAGAUGUCUCAGACCAUGUAUCUGAUUCCCAUGUUUCCACUUCAUUUCGAAUCCAUUUUGGUGCUGAUUUUGGUCUAGCUAACAAGAUGUCUAGUUGGAGUUUUUUAAUGUAAAGGACUGCUUGUAUUGGAUAAUUAGAUAAAGAAUAAUGAUACCGAAUUCUAAGGGGUAGGCUGAAAAGGUUUUGACGGGGUAAAGUAACAUGAAUGACCUUGUGUCUUGUUGGCCCGUUAGACAACCUUUUGAGCCUAUCCCCUCGGGAUUAGUAUCAUUAUUCUUUUGUAUUUA